AUGACUAUGCGUUGGUUAAUGUGUUAUUCUGUUCUAUUCAUUGUAAUACUUUGCUGUGUGGUUCAUGCUCAACGAUUGUCUCCAUUUGACGUACGUAUCGAUCAUUACAAGACUGAGACAACUCGCGAUCUGAUUAUUAAUACGCCGAGACCUCGAUUUUCUUGGAAACUUCCAAUUUCAAAUGAUCCUACUCAAAGAAAUAUUCAACAAAUAGCUUAUCAAUUACAACUUGAGUCAAUCAAAAUAUCCGAAACGGAUAGUUCAUUCAAAUGGGAUAGUGAACGAAUUGCAUCGACACAAUCUGUUCAUGUGCCAUAUACAGGUGAACAUGAUCUUUUACCAGGAACCAACUAUCGUUUUCGUUUACGCAUUUGGACUACAAUGUCAAAAGAUCCUAUUCAGUGGACUAGCUGGAUUCAAUUUCGAACAGCAAUAUUCAAUCUACAUGAAUAUUUAACGACAAAUGCAAAUCCUUUAUGGAUUGGUUCGACACAAAUCAAUAUGAAUGAAUUAAGAAAAGAAUUUUCAGUACCAAAUACAAGUCCUGUUCGUUCAGCUAUUGUUUAUAUUUCUGGCAUUGGAUAUUAUCAACUCUAUAUAAAUGGUUACAAUGUAGAUCCUAGUCGCAAAUUGGAUCCAGGUUGGACAACAUUCGAAAUACGUACAUUCCUUACAUCUUUUGAUUUAACAUCAAAUAUUACGGCUGGUAUGAAUGCUGUUGGAGUCAAAUUGGGCAAUGGUUGGUAUAGUGGAGAACAACUAGGUGUACCAAGCUAUGGUCCUCCUCGUCUUCUCUUUAUUUUGAAUAUUACGUUCCAAAAUGGUGAGCAAAUGCAAGUUUUAAGUGAUCAGACAUGGACGGGUCGUCAAGGUUCUAUUCUACGCGAUAGUGUUUACAAUGGUGAAUCAUAUGAUGCUCGAAAUGAUCGUGAAGGCUGGACACGACCAGGAUUUAAUGAUUCAUUAUCAGCUUGGAUUAUGGUAGAAUCCUUACCAUCACCAGUUAGUGAUGCACUCAAUGGUCAAUUGGUAUUGCAAGACAUGCCACCGAUUCGAGCUGGAGUAGAUGCGUUACAUUUUGAAACAAGUGUAUUUAAUCAAAAUAAAGAAUAUUUGAAAGCAAGUGAUUUAAGUGGAAUUAAAGGUGCAUCGUUCACGGAUGGACGUAGUAGUGUACUGAAACCAAUCAGUGUAUCACAACCUACUGUCGGAAUACACACAUUCGAUUUAGGCCAAAAUAUGGUAGGAUGGUGUCGUGUCAAAUUACGUGGUCUUCGUGGAGUAGGUGUUUAUUUUCGUCAUGCCGAAAUCUUAUCGCAACCACUUCAUUCCACAGGCCAAUGGACCGGUGGAAUAUAUACGGAAAAUCUUCGCGGUGCUACACAAUUUGAUAGUUACAUGCUACGUGGAGAUCCAAAUGGUGAAAUCUAUGAGCCAACUUUUACUGUACAUGGUUUUCGAUAUUUUCAAGUCUCUGGAGCUCCAAAUCCAUUGACAGUUGAUGAUGUUGAAUGCCCUGUCGUACAUAGUGAAACAACUUUGAAAGGCAACUUUUCCAGUAGUAAUGCAAUCAUUAAUCAAAUUCAACAUAAUAUUCAAUGGGGUCAACUAGGCAAUAUCAUGUCGGUACCUACAGACUGUCCACAACGUGAUGAACGUCGUGGUUGGAUGGGAGAUGCAGCAUUAUCAGUCAACGAAGCUUUAUACAAUUUUGAUUUGAUCAAAUUCUAUUUGAAUUUUCUUAAUUUAAUCUGUGAUGUUCAACAAAGUAAUGGAGCCAUACCUGAUGUAGUUCCAAAUGGUGGAGGUUACCCAUCUGAUCCUAAUUGGGGCACUGCUUUAUCUACGAUUACUUGGCAACUCUAUCGUCAUUAUGGUGAUAGCCAGAUUUUAUCUAAUUACUAUGAUCAUGUUCGUGCCUACGUAGAAAAUAUACGCAGUGGUUAUAACAAUACAGGUCUUGUCAAUCUUGCCUAUCAGUUUGGUGACUGGGUUCCACCACCACCAAAUCCUAUGAUACUGGGCAAAACGUCAGAUACUCAAGCUUAUUCAGCAUUCUAUCAACAACUUGCAGAAGAAUUUCAUCGUGUUUUCUUCAAUACUACAACGAACUUUUAUGCUGAUGGAAUGCAAGCAGCACAAGUACUGGCUUUAGCAUUACCCAAUGUUGUUCCAGAAACUGCUCGUGCUUCAGUAUUUACUCGUCUUCUUAGUGAUAUCACUGACAAAGGUAAUCACGUAUCGACUGGUAUCGUGUCUACUGCUCAAUUAUAUCCACUUUUAUCUGAUAAUGGCCAUCAUGAUUUAGCACUUCAAUUGAUUACCACGACAACAUAUCCAUCCUAUGGUUAUAUGUUUAUGAAUCCAUAUGAAAAUGCUACUACAAUAUGGGAAUUAUGGGAUGCACCAUCUGAAGGACCUGGCAUGAAUUCACGUAAUCAUAUCAUGUACGGAAGUAUUGGAGCCUGGUUCUAUUCUCAUUUAGCUGGUAUUGAUAUCUCUCCAAGUAUGAUUACUAUUAGACCUCGUAUGGCAUCGGAAGGAAAAAAACAUCUGUUAGCAAAACUUAACUGUCAAUUGAGUACACUCUAUGGUCUGGUUCAAAUUUCUUAUACACGUGAUGAACGUGAUACAGUUGCUAAUUCAAUCUUAAUGCACAUCACCAUACCACCAAAUACACAAGCUCGAGUUGUGUUUGAACCAUUGUUUCCCAACAGUCAUUGUCAAACAUUGAUUGAAGGUGAUAAAGUUAUUUGGUCAGCAAAUGCAACCACUACUCAUGUUCAAAACUUUGUAGUUCAACGCGAAGCUAUUACUGGUAUAAUGACAGUUCAUAUUGGAUCGGGUCAAUAUGAAUUUCAAGCUUUAUGGCAGUAA